AUGAAAUAUUUUGUGACGAUCGUUAUUUUGAGCCUUGGCGUCGCAAAGCUAACGGAAGCUGGACGCCCUGUUUCGACGGAAGUGGUUCAGAAACUGAAGGAACUUGAGCCGGUAUACAAGCAGCUGCAGGACAAUGUGAUCAACGCUGUAGCAGGGGCUAAGCUGAACACUGCUUCCAGGACCGAUACGUUCUACAAGUCCAUCAUUGCCGAUAAGGAGGUUUCUCUGAAUCAAGCCAUCCAGCUUGAGGAUUAUCUGAUCUAUCAGCUGGAGCGACAAAGUAGCUUGGUGGAUACGAGCUGUUUGCAAUUAGUUCGAUCCAGUUCGGAACUCAACAUGAACAUUGCCGGUGUUGGUUUUACGAACUGUGUGAACAACGUGGAAAAGGGCAUUGAUGCUGAACUAGAAAAGGUCUACCAGCUGCUGCAGGUGGACGAGAAUGAAAUCUUCGAUAUCAGCUUGCUGGAUUCGUUCCGGGGCGAGAAUAUCUUUUUGGACCCUUCAAAGAUCAUCUCGAAAUUAAACGAUAAGAAAAAUGAGAUUGACAGUAUUUCUCUAAGCUUUGUGGCCGACAUCAAUGCUGCAGUCGAUGCGUACGCUUCUCGCCUGGGUGAUCUGCAAAACGGAUACAAAUCAUGUCUGCUUGGCAACGAGGCUGUUAUCAAACAAGCUUUCGAGGUUUCCAAGUUCCAGCUUACUCAGACUUGUUUGGGAACGAUUGUUCAGUAG